AUGGCGACUCCAAAGGUUCCGGAGGUUCGUGAUAUCACAAGGAUUGAGAGAAUUGGAGCUCAUUCCCACAUCCGUGGYCUUGGUCUGGAUGAUGCGUUGGAGCCAAGACAGGUCUCUCAGGGGUUGGUGGGCCAGCUGGCCUCCCGUCGAGCAGCAGGGGUCAUCUUGGAGAUGAUCAAAGAUGGCCACAUUGCAGGCAGGGCUGUUCUGAUCGCUGGCCAACCUGGCACAGGAAAGACCGCCAUCGCAAUGGGUAUUGCACAGUCUCUGGGCCCUGACACCCCCUUCACAGCACUGGCUGGUAGUGAGAUCUUCUCCCUGGAAAUGAGCAAGACUGAGGCGCUUAGUCAAGCUUUUAGAAAAGCCAUCGGAGUGAGAAUUAAAGAGGAGACAGAAAUUAUUGAAGGAGAGGUGGUGGAAAUCCAGAUUGAUAGACCAGCAACUGGAACGGGUGCAAAGGUAGGCAAACUGACUCUAAAGACYACAGAAAUGGAGACAAUAUAUGACCUGGGCAACAAGAUGAUUGACAGUCUGAGUAAAGAGAAAGUACAAGCUGGAGAUGUUAUCACYAUUGACAAAGCCACUGGGAAAAUCAGCAAGUUAGGACGCUCUUUCACCAGAGCCAGAGACUACGAUGCCAUGGGAGCUCAGACACAGUUUGUGCAGUGUCCUGAAGGGGAGCUGCAGAAGAGGAAGGAGGUGGUGCACACAGUGUCCCUCCAUGAGAUCGAUGUCAUUAACAGCCGCACACAAGGCUUCCUGGCUCUUUUCUCUGGAGACACUGGAGAGAUCAAGUCUGAGGUCCGCGAGCAGAUUAACGCCAAAGUGUGUGAGUGGAGGGAGGAAGGCAAGGCUGAGAUCAUUCCUGGGGUGUUAUUUAUCGACGAGGUCCACAUGCUGGACAUGGAGUGCUUCUCCUUCCUGAACCGGGCCUUGGAAAGUGACCUGUCCCCUGUUCUCAUCAUGGCCACCAACAGAGGCAUCACUCGAAUCUGGAGCCAUGGACACGUCCUAAUGAAGACGAUCCGUAGUUCUACUGUCAAGGUUUUUUUUGUUGUUGUUCUGAAUUCAUUAACAAGUUUACCAUUAUUAUACAGUAAAGGCUGACUUCAGUCAAAUCUAAGAUUUUUUUAUUUUUAAAUUAAACAAAAACGCUGAUUUAAAAUUUGACCUAAACUUUAUCCCAGAGCUGUUGAUUGAUGUUCUGUCAGGAACAUCCAACCUUUAAAGUGUUUAUUUCAACAUUAAACAUGCUUUUAUACUCACGCA